AUGGCUGGGAAUGCCCUCCUGUUUACUGUCCUCCUCAUGUACAUCAAGAAGAAAAAGAAGAUGACUGAGCUGUAUCUGCUGAACCUGGUGGUUUCAGACUUCUUCCUGCUACUGACCCUUCCUUUCUGGGCUCUGUACAUUUCUCAGUGGGUCACCUGGGACAUCUUGUGCCCAUUCUUAAAUGCCAUGUACACUCUGAACUUCUACAGUGGCAUCUUCUUUGUGAGCUGCAUGAGCCUGGACAUGUAUCUGCAGAUAGUUCAUGCUUGGUCUCCUCAUAGCUCCACAGUGUGGAGGAAUUCCAUCCUCAUCUUGUUGGUGAUGUGGAUCCUUUCCAUAGCUCUCUCCAUUCCUGAUGGCCUUUUCACCAGCACAAAGGAAAUUCACAACAAAACCAUCAUGUGCACCCAGGAUUAUGGCCAGGAACACUUAUUUUGGAAAGUUGUCUUUCGGGUGAUCCAAAACAUCCUGGGAUUCCUUUUCCCCUUCCUCUUCAUGACCUUCUGCUACUCCCGCAUCGCGUGUGUGCUCAACACCUCCCAGAUACCUGGCUCCAGGAGAGCUCUCUGCUUAGUCUUUACUCUGGUGGGGGUCUUCUUUGUGCUGUGGUGUCCUUACAACGUUGUGCUCAUCCUCCACUCCCUGCAAGAUGUCGGUGUGAUCAGGAGCUGUGAAAGCAGUAGGAAACUGGACUAUGCCCUGCAGAUCACGGAGAGCUUGUCCUUUGUCCACUGCUGCCUCAACCCCUUGCUCUAUGCUUUUGUGAAGAAACGGUUCAGGGCAUAUUUGUGCAAGAUCCCUCAGGCCAUUUUCAGGAGAGGCGCUUUCUUUUCCAUCCAGGACUCCCAGACGAGCCCGUCUUGCAGCAGAUAUGCAGCUGAGAUAGAAAUGUUGAGCCUCACAAAUGCAUCAUAA